CGUUAGUGGAUCAUGUGGUUAUAUAAUUUAAUAGUUUUGUCCGCCAUUGUAGCUUUGGGAGCUGCAGACGGGGACGAUGAAUUCGCCAAUUACACCGUAACGAAUCGUCGUUUCCCUGAUGAUUUUCGAUUUGGAGUAGCUACAGCUGCUCAUCAAAUAGAAGGUGCUUGGAAUCUUGAUGGAAAAGGACCUCAAAUUUGGGACACUUUUUUCCAUGAACAUCCAGAAAAAGUUGAUGAUGGUAGCAACGGUGAUGUGGCAACAGAUUCUUAUCAUCUAUAUAAAGAAGAUAUUCGUUGUAUGAAUGAAGUUGGAGUUGUUUUUUACAGAUUUUCUUUAGCUUGGUCCAGAAUUUUGCCAGAUGGAACUCUUAACAAUAUCAAUCAAGCUGGUAUAGAUUAUUACAAGAACAUUUUUAAGGAAUUAAAGGCAAAAGGCAUUAGAUCUUUUGUUACAAUAUACCAUUGGGAUAUACCAACAGCUUUACAGGAGAAAGGAGGUUGGCUUAAUCCCGAAGUUGUCGACUGGUACGUUGCCUAUGCCAAAUUCUGUUUUGAGACUUUUGGAGAAUACGUAGACAAUUGGAUUACCAUUAACGAACCCAAACAAAUUUGUCACGCUGGUUAUGGUUUGGGGGUAUAUGCUCCAGGUGUAGUAUCCAAUGGUAUUGGAGAAUAUGUAUGUGCCAGACAUGUCUUGUUGGCACACGCAAAAGCAUGGCGUUUGUGGGAUGAAAAAUACAGGCCCAUUUUUCAUACUGAAACUACUAUAGUACUUGAUUCAGAUUGGUACGAACCAGCUACUUACAGUGAGAGUGAUGCCAUUGCUGCUGAGACAAAACGUCAGUUUAUUUUUGGAAUGUACGCAAAUCCAAUAAUACACGGUAACUGGCCAAAGGUUAUGAUCGAUAAUAUUGCCGAAUUCAGUAAAAAACAAGGUUUCAACGAAUCUCGCUUGCCAGCUUUUUCAAAUGAAGAAAUCGAAUUAAUUAAAGGAACUUAUGACAACUUAGCUAUAAACCACUACACGACCUAUAUGGUAAAAUCUAUACCUGAACCAACUUAUGAAGUUAGCUUCGAUGCUGAUUCAGGUGUAGCUACCUAUCAAAAAGAUACUUGGGAAACCGCUGCUAUUGAUUGGUUUAAGGUUGUUCCAUGGGGUAUGGGAAAGCUUUUAAGAUGGCUCAAACAUACGUAUGGAGAUCAAGUAUUUCUUAUAAGUGAAAAUGGAGUAUCGGAUAGAACAGGAACACUUAGAGAUCAACAUAGAAUUGAUUACAUUAAAAACUAUUUGAGUCAUUUAUUGGAUGCUAUCUACGAUGGUGGUGUAAAUGUAAAAGCUUAUACACUUUGGAGUAUUAUUGACAAUUUUGAAUGGACGCAAGGUUUUAAUGGAAAAUUGGGAAUUUAUUAUGUCAAUCAAUCUGAUCCAAGUCUCCCAAGAAUUCCAAAAGAUUCUUCAAAAUAUUACGCUAACGUAAUAAAAACAAAAUGCUUAGUGGAUGAAUGUGUAUAAAAUAUGGACAUUCAAAUAUGUACGUUACUUUUGU